AGUCGCUGAAGCUGGACGACUUCAAGGAGCCGCUGGAUUGCAUUGCCUGCACGAUGGCAAAACAGCGGAGGAUGUCCUACAAGCGUCAUAACAAGCGUUCCAAGUUGGUCCAGGAUGAAGCCUCGAGGUACAAGUGGUGCUACGUGCUGGAACCCAAGAGUGAGGCGACCAAGAAUGUGACGAACCUGAUCUUGCGAUUGGAGAAAGAGCACGUGAUUAACAGGGUGACGUUCGACCAGGGAGCUUGGUGGAGAAGCAGAAUGGGAACUUGAUUAACAAGGUCCGAGCAAUUCGCGAGGGGACUGGUAUGCCGGAAUCGCUGUGGGGUGAAAUCCUCAUGUACGUUGUUGAAGUCGACAACCUGAGUUCGACCAAAGCUCUCCCUGACAUGACUCCGUACCAGAAGCUUCCUGGAAUGAAUCCAGACGUGGGAAAGCUGCACGUUUGCGGCUGGGUUGCUUUCGCCCACGUUCCGAAGAAGAAGCGUGCUAGCAAGCUGAGCCCGAAGGCAGUUCCGACUUUGUUUCUCGGGUUCUCACAGAGCUCGAUGGGGUAUCGGCUUCUUAACCUGCUUACAGGUGACCUGGUGGAGAGGCGUGACAUCUCAUUUCGUGACGAUAUUACGGUUGACAGUGAGUACGUAGAGAAUUUGUUGGCGCGCCGCUACAAUGGGAGUUAAGUCGUUCU